AUGCGCUUCACUGUGCAGUUCCGCGCCGUCUAUGCCAUACUGGUGUUCUUCCUUACAGCCUGUACCCUGGCGCUGGCGAACCCUGAGAUCCACGCGACGCUAAGCCUAGAUAAAUUAUCGCAAGAUGAUCAUUCGAGUCAGAAGCCUAUUGCAGUUUUGGACGCAGGCUUGCCAAACGCCUUCCCUGCACACCAGCCCAUGCAGGCAGCAUCCGAUGCGGUCUCAGCUGAGCGACCCAUCGGCAAGAUGGUUGUUGCUGUCGUCGUGUCGGGGGUACUCUUCGGGCUGGGCAUGGGUAUAUGA